AAGGAGGCAGCAUAUCACUGCAUUUGGCUGGUUUUCAGGGUCUUGUUCCCAAUCAGUUUCCAGCCAAUGCUGGGCUGUCCUAGUCCCCAAGGGUAUGGGGAGCACACUCCAGAAUCUCUGCUUUUCUUCUUUUUUUGCAGCUGAGUCACGAAGUUUUCAGCCCCAGCACGUGGCUCCUCCUUAACUGCGUCUGCUCGGCCUCCCUCAGCCCUGUGAACAGCCUCCCCACACAGAGACCACAGAGCAGGGCUCUCUCUGCUGCCGCUUCCCCUUCCUGAGAGAGGGCCAGCCGGCCAGAGCCUCAGUGACCGCCGCCCUGGAGGACAGGGGCACAACAGCCAUUUCUGAAGAAUGCUUUCUUCAUUUCAUGCCUUUCUGGUUGGGGGAGAUGAUCAACUGAUUUGCUUCAAAACAUUUCCUGAUUUUGUGAGAGAAUGGAAGGAUUCCAGAAGGGCAAAUAUGGAACUAUGACUGAAGGUAGAUCAGAAAAUGACAGGUUUGCAACACCACCAGCAUUGAGGAUUAUCCUAGUGGGCAAAUCAGGCUGCGGGAAAAGUGCCACAGGGAACAGCAUCCUUGGCCAGCCUGUGUUUAAGUCCAAGCCAGGGGCCCAGUCGGUGACCAGGACGUGCCAGGUGGAGACAGGCACAUGGAACGGGAGGCAAGUCCUGGUGGUCGACACGCCCUCCAUCUUUGAGUCAAAGACUGAUGCCCAAGAGCUGUAUAAGGACAUCGGAGACUGCUACCUGCUCUCUGCCCCAGGGCCCCACGUGCUGCUUUUGGUGAUCCAGCUGGGGCGUUUCACCGCCCAGGACAUGGUGGCUGUCAGGAGGGUGAAGGAGGUCUUUGGGGUAAGGGUCAUGAGACACGUGGUCAUUCUCUUCACCCACAAAGAGGACUUAGUGGACCAGGCCCUGAAUGACUAUGUAGCAAACAUAGACAACUGCAACCUGAGGGCCCUGGUGCAGGAGUGCGAGAAGAGGUACUGUGCCUUCAACAACCGAGCCACUGAAGAGGAGCAGAGGCAACAGCGGGCAGAGCUCCUGGCUGUGGUUGAAAGGCUGGAGAGGGAGCGAGAGGGCUCCUUCCACAGCAACGACCUCUUCCUAGAUGCCCAGCUGCUCCAGAGAGGUGGGACCGUGCCCUGCCAAGAAGACUACUGGCAGUACCUGAUCAAGGUGGAAUGGCAGGUGGAGAAGCAGAGGCAAGAGCUGUGGGAGAACGAGAGCAACUGGGCACGCAAGGCGCUCCUCAGAGUCAAACACCAGAUGCUCUUGCGUUAUGAGAUUUGUGCUUUUCUGUUUUGGUGCGGCGUAAUUUUAAUUCUUUUAUUUCUGUUCAUCUUUCAUUAUGUUUAAGUCUCUCAACCCUGGGGCCUUUCUGAAGCAUCACCAAAUGGAGUCAUAGCUCUAAGAAUCACCGAUUCAGAUUCGGAUCCUUGUGGUCGGUGGCGCAAGCUGCUUGCUGUCUGUACAGCUCCCAUUUCCCCUUCUUCCUUAUAGACUUGGAGCUGUGUGCCUCUGCUUCAGGGCCGCCUGGCUGCUCUAAGCACAAUCUCACUCUCUCUGCCAAUGACUGCCUCAGGAAUGGGCCUGAGAUCCGAUGCAGACCCAUGAGAAGUGAGUAAAAGUCUGCAGAGGUGGGGAUGGGUGGUCUCUCUUUAGAUAGAGCCUGUCUUCAUCCCCGGUAUUGUGGGGUCUGGAUGUGACGGUGGGACUGUCAGCAGCUUUGUGCUGCCAACCUGAGGUUGAAGGCAGUGCCUCAGAGCAGCCAGAGAGUUGGGGCCACCUGAACCCUGAGCCACCAGCCCUGCAGCCUGCCCUAUCUCUGCAUUUCCUAUUGUGUUACCCAAUAAAUUUUCUAAUUGUUUAAGCUAUUUGAGUCCCAGGUCUCUUUUAACCUGCAUUUGAAAACAUUCAAACUAAUGAAAAUUUCUCCUCAUUC